AUGUCGAGAAAAUUUGCAGAAAAUCGAGGAAUGGCGGACUCAGACGAUGGAGAUUUAUUAGCUGUUGACCGGGCAGAGGCGCAAGAUUCAAAGGAUGACGAGGAAUCUGAAGACUUGUCGGAAUACAAAGACAUGAUAGAUUGGGAAGGGUUGAGUUUUCCAUUGUAG